AUGCGUUCCUCCCUCGUCGCCCUCGUCUCUCUCGCCGCGGCCCUCUCUGGUACGCACGCCCAGUCUCCCGCGUCCAUCGCGUACGCACCCACCGUCGGCGCGUGCCCCGCCGGCACCGAGCUCGUGCGCGAGGUCGGCGCGGUCGCGAAGACACAGACGCUCAGCCACGGCGAGCUCGACUACGUCGCCGCCCGCCGCCUCGACGUCCUCCCCGCCGCCUUCGCCUCCUACCUCGCCCACGUCCGGAACGCCGUCCCCGGCACGAAGCUCCCCGCGUACGCAACCGCGAUCCUCAGCGGCCACGGGCACAAGCUACCGAACGUCGGCAUCGCGACGAGCGGCGGCGGGCACCGCGCCGCGAUCUUUGGCGCCGGCAUCCUCAACGCGCUCGACGGCCGCAACGCGACGUCGGCCCGGGCCGGCACCGGGGGCCUCCUGCAGACCGCGACGUACCUCGCGGGCCUCUCUGGGGGCUCGUGGCUCGUCGGCUCCCUCGCGCAGAACGACUUCCCGACAGUGGAGGAGAUGGUGUUCGGGUCCGCGACGACGACGGGGUGGCAGACGCAGCUCGAUCUGCUCACCCCGAGCGCGAACGCGACGGUGGACAGCGCGUUCACCGCCGCGCUCUUCGGCGAGAUCGCGGUCAAGUACUUCGAGGGCUUCCCGGUGACCAUUGCGGACGUCUGGGCGCGCGCGCUGUCGCGCCAUUUCUUGAACGGGACGACGGCGGACGACCUGCUCAACGCGUCGCUCGACCACGGCGCCGGGGUGACUUUGUCGUCCAUCUCCAAGCUUCCGUCGUUCGUGUCUCACCAGCAGCCGUUCCCCGUCGUGCUCGCGAACACGUUGACGAGCAAGGACAACGGCUCAGAGUUCAUCUUCCCGGACAAUAUCGUGCCUUUGGGCAACCCCAUCUACGAGUUCAACGUCUACGAGAUGGGCUCUUUCGAUCCCACGCUCGGCGCGUUCACUCCGACAAAGUAUCUCGGAUCGCCCAACAGCAGCGAGUGCGUGACGGGCUUCGACCAGAUGUCCUUCGUCCAGGCCAUUUCAUCCAACCUGUUCACGGAAUUCAAUGUCACGGGUGUCAACAUCAACGACACGGAGAUCGGGCCCAUCAUCCAGGCAUUGGAGGCCAAUUUCCCCGAGGCUGGCAUCCGGCUCGACACCUCCGCCGUGCCGAACCCCUUCAAGGGCGUGUCGCCUCACACAUUUGCCGACGCGGACCAGGCGGUCCUCAACCUCGUCGACGGCGGCCUCGACGGCGAGGUCACCCCCUACCAACCCCUCCUCGUGAAGGCGCGCGGGGUGGAUAUGAUCUUCGCCAUCGACGCCGUCGCGGACACUGACGAAAACUGGGCCACCGGUCUGUCCAUGGUGGCCACCCAGCAGCGCGUCGAGAAGUUCUUCAACACGACGUACUCCUUCCCGCGCGUCCCGACGAACGAGUCCACAUUCCUCAACGACGGCCUCACCCUUCGCCCGACGUUCUUCGGCUGCGCGGAGCCCGCGUGGAGCGCCGCGCCGCUCAUCAUUUACGUCGCGAACGGCGGGCCGCCCCGCGGCGGCGCGGCGGUGACGAACACGUCGACGAGCCAGACGGCGUACCCGCUCGCGCAGGUGCAGACGAUGCUCGACUCCGCGUUCCUCACCGCGACGCAGGGCAUGGCGGUCGAGAAGCACGGUAGGGAGAUUGACGACCCGCUGUGGCCUGCGUGCCUUGCGUGCGCGGUCGUCGACCGCACGCGCCGGGACAUGGGCGUGGCGCGCUCGGGGGUGUGUGCGACGUGCAUGAAGGAGUAUUGCUGGAGUUAG